CCCGCGCGGGAGCGCGCCCCGCUCCACUCCCCGGCUGCCUCCUGCAGCAGCCGCGGCUCUGAGGGAGUUGCGCGGGCUCUGCCCGAUGUGGCAAGAAGCGAUGAUGAUGAGGAGGAGACGCCGCUACCUGCUGGAGCGGGCAGAGCAGGCGGGCGGCGGCUGCGGGGCGAGCGGCGAACAGUCCCGCUCCCGGGACUGGCUCUACGAGUCCUACUACUGCAUGAGCCAGCAGCACCCGCUCAUCGUCUUCCUGCUCCUCAUCGUGAUGGGCGCCUGCCUAGCUCUGCUCGCCGUCUUCUUCGCCUCCGGGCUGGAAGUUGAAGACCACGUGGCAUUUUUAAUAACUGUUCCGACAGCCCUAGCAAUUUUUUUUGCUAUAUUUAUCCUUGUCUGCGUAGAACCUGUAUUUAAGAAGCUGCUUCGUAUAUUUUCUCUGGUGGUCUGGGUAUGUCUUGUUGCCAUGGGAUAUCUCUUUAUGUGUUUUGGAGGAAUCAUCUGCCCCUGGGACCAGGUAUCAUUUUUCUUGUUCAUCAUUUUUGUGGCGUACACCAUGCUGCCCUUCAACAUGAGGGACGCUAUAGUUGCCAGCGUCGUGACCUCUGCAUCGCACACGAUCGUGCUGAGCGUCUGUCUGUCAGGUACAGCUGUCGUAAAGGAGCACUUGGUUUGGCAGAUACUGGCAAAUGUAAUAAUUUUUAUCUGCGGGAACUUGGCAGGAGCGUACCACAAACACCUCAUGGAACUCGCGCUGCAGCAGACGUAUCAGGACACGUGCAACUGCAUCAAAUCCCGUAUCAAGCUAGAAUUUGAGAAGAGGCAACAGGAGCGCCUUCUACUUUCUUUGCUGCCUGCUCACAUUGCCAUGGAAAUGAAAGCAGAGAUCAUUCAGAGGCUACAAGGUCCAAAGGCAGGCCAACUGGAAAACACCAACAACUUCCACAAUUUGUAUGUCAAAAGACACACCAAUGUAAGCAUCCUGUAUGCUGAUAUCGUGGGAUUCACUCGCCUGGCCAGUGACUGCUCGCCAGGGGAGUUGGUGCACAUGUUAAAUGAGCUGUUUGGCAAGUUUGAUCAGAUUGCAAAGGAAAAUGAAUGUAUGAGGAUUAAGAUCUUAGGUGACUGCUAUUACUGUGUUUCUGGGCUACCUAUAUCUCUUCAAAAUCAUGCCAAGAAUUGUGUGAAAAUGGGACUGGAUAUGUGUGAAGCCAUUAAGAAAGUGAGAGAUGCAACUGGAGUGGAUAUUAACAUGCGCGUGGGAGUGCACUCUGGGAAUGUGCUCUGCGGCGUUAUUGGGCUGCAGAAGUGGCAGUACGAUGUGUGGUCCCAUGAUGUUACGCUGGCCAAUCACAUGGAAGCUGGGGGAGUCCCAGGCCGUGUUCACAUCACUUCAGUCACCUUGGCACAUUUGAAUGGAGCUUACAAAGUGGAAGAUGGGGACGGAGAUGUGAGGGACCCAUAUCUGAAAGAGCAUAAUGUCAAGACUUACUUCGUAAUCAAUCCUAAGGGAGAGAAGCGAAGCCCUCAGCACCACAUUCGGCCUCGGAAUACUCUUGAUGGAGCCAAAAUGAGAGCUUCUGUCCGCAUGACCCGGUACCUGGAGUCCUGGGGAGCAGCCAAGCCAUUUGCACACCUGCACCACAGGGACAGCAUGACCACUGAAAACGGCAAGAUAAGCACAACAGAUGUUCCCAUGGGGCAAUAUCAUUUUCAGCGUUGCAGAGAGAGAACAAAAUCACAGAAAAGAAGAUUUGAAGAAGAACUGAAUGAGAGGAUGAUCCAAGCUAUUGAUGGAAUCAAUGCCCAAAAGCAGUGGCUUAAAUCUGAAGACAUUCAGAGGAUAUCACUUCUUUUCUAUAAUAAGACUCUGGAAAAAGAAUAUCGAGCAACUACUCUGCCUGCAUUCAAGUAUUAUGUGACUUGUGCCUGUCUCAUAUUCUUCUGCAUUUUUGUGGUACAGAUUCUGGUAUUGCCAAAAACAUCUAUUCUUGGAAUUUCAUUUGGAGCCGCAUUUCUCUUGCUUUCCUUCAUUUUGUUUAUCUGUUUUGCUGGGCAGCUUUUGCAAUGUAGCAAGAAAGCAUCAGCUUCACUGUUGUGGAUCCUGAAAUCAUCUGGAAUAAUUGCAAACCGUCCUUGGCCAAGGAUUACUCUUACAUUGACAACCACUGCUAUAAUAUUAACCAUGGCUGUAUUCAACAUGUUUUUCCUGGAUAGUGCUGUGAUAGCUUUUCCCUCAGUUCUUAAUUCAUCAAAUGCAAGUUUUCCUAAUUCAAGUAAUCAGACACGGUGGUGUAUACAAAAUAACUGUUUUUUCCUACCGUAUUUUAUAUACAGCUGCAUAUUAGGGCUCAUUUCCUGUUCUGUUUUCCUGAGGAUAAAUUAUGAGUUGAAAAUGGUAAUAAUGUUGAUUGCAUUGGUGGGCUACAAUGUUAUCCUUCUGCACACUCAUGGGCCCAUGCUGGAUGACUACAGCAAAUUUAUGUAUGCAAUGGCACCUCUUAGAAGGCCAGGAAUACUGAAGGACCUGAAGACAAUGGGCUCAAUUUCUUUGUUCAUAUUCUUCAUCACAUUACUGGUUUUGGGUAGACAGAAUGAAUAUUACUGUAGGUUAGACUUCCUGUGGAAGAACAAGUUCAAAAAAGAGCGGGAGGAGAUUGAAACCAUGGAGAACCUAAAUCGGGUGCUUCUGGAGAAUGUGCUUCCAGCCCACGUAGCUGAACACUUCUUGGCAAGAAACUUGAAGAAUGAGGAUCUGUAUCACCAGUCAUAUGACUGCGUCUGUGUCAUGUUUGCCUCUGUUCCGGAUUUCAAGGAAUUUUACACAGAAUCUGAUGUAAAUAAGGAAGGGUUGGAAUGUCUCAGGCUGCUAAAUGAGAUCAUUGCAGACUUUGAUGAUUUACUGUCAAAGCCAAAGUUCAGUGGAGUUGAAAAGAUAAAGACCAUUGGAAGCACUUACAUGGCAGCAACAGGACUGAGUGCUACACCCAACCAAGAACAGUGUCAGGAACCUGAACGACAGUAUAUGCAUAUAGGAACCAUGGUGGAGUUUGCAUUUGCCUUGGUAGCAAAACUGGAUGUCAUAAACAAGCAUUCAUUCAAUGACUUCAAGUUACGAGUAGGUAUAAAUCAUGGACCUGUAAUAGCUGGAGUAAUUGGAGCUCAAAAACCACAAUAUGAUAUAUGGGGCAAUACAGUAAACGUGGCCAGCAGGAUGGACAGCACUGGUGUCUUAGACAAAAUACAGGUUACAGAGGAGACAAACAACGUCCUGCAAACACUGGGGUACAUGAGCACCUGCAGAGGAAUAAUAAAUGUAAAAGGAAAAGGAGAAUUAAAGACAUACUUUGUACAUACAGAAAUGACAAGAUCCCUGUCACAAGGGAACGUGGCAUCUUGAAGAUGCUUGUACGUGUCAUCAGUACCAUAUUUUCAGGAAAGUAUCACGCACUUUUUAACUACAUUUUGGCCCUUAACAUGCGUGCUAUUUUCUGGUAUGUGGCACUUAUUUUAAUAUGGCUGCAGAAUAGUCCCAUGAGCCAUCAUUUUGCACCUUGAUAUUUCUAUGUGCAAGGACAGUUGUGAUGCACGCGAUAGGACUGGAAGAUUGUACUGCUACUUGCACUGUUAUUCAAAGACAAGAAAAGAAGGAAUAGGAAUCAAAAGGAGGUAACGCAUCCUGAAAGGACUAAAGAGACGUGUUAGUGACAAAUACGGGGAAAAAAGGCAAUAAAGCUAGGGGUGCAUACUAUUUUCUGAUGCAUGGUGUUUUCUGGAAAAUACAGUCGCUCCCCAAUAGCAUCCACUAAUCUGGUAUUAAAGCAUACAGUAUUGUAAAUAAGUUUACUCUGUCCACACAUGAUUUGGAUGUGAUCACCAGUUGCAUCUCAUAGCCAGGGACACGUUGGGUGGCUUGCUGGCAUUCUUUCUGAAGAGAGAACUAACAAUGCUGGAAUAGUUUUGUAUAAACGUGUCAAAUGUUUUGAAGCUAUUGUCUUUUGUAAGGUUAAUUCAUUAAAAGUUUAUAUGUACUUUGUCUUAC